GAGGCCCUCAAGAAGAUGAAGAGGGUUGGGGCUGGUUUUCUAAGAACAUUGAAAAGCGACACAUACCCUUACCAACCUGAGCUUUCACGUCAUGCCGUAGUCGUUGCACUUCUGAGUUGCGUCUUUUUUAUCUGCUUCGACAUCAGGCAUACUCUAAUUACCGAUGACAACAGCAUUGUAAUGUGGUCUGUGCACAUUUUUUUGUUUGGAUCCUUCUUCAUCUUUUUACAGCCUUGGGUUCAAUUCUUUUCCCAGCCAUUAAUAGGGAAACCGAGCUAUUCAAAUUUCAAUAAGUGGUACGUAUCCUGGCUUUUAGUAGCAGCUGUCUAUCAUCUUCCCAGUUCUCAGUCAAUGGGAGUGUAUAUGAGAAUGAAUUUGUCUCUAUUUUUGACAACUUUUGCCUCUUCAAUUCUCUGUCUUCUUUUCUUCCACACUAUUUUUGAUGGCCUUCGCUACUUUUUUUCACGUGAGGCUCGAAAGUGGCCAGAUAUGUGGACCAUUCUCCAACUCUCUAUUGUAAGUCCUGGAGACGCUUUUGGUAUCAUAUCAUGCAUAUAUACUAAUCCAAGAACUACCUUAUUAUCUUACAACUAUUUUACCUGCACCUAGUAAUCUCAAACGUACAAUUACUGUUAUGAGAUAGUUUUGGAAUAAAAAUAUAAUU